CUGACGUCAGACCAUCAUGAAAGUCUACAAGUUCUACCUGCACGCCUUUUACAUCACACUCGGCGCUCCCUCAGGCACUUUAAAUCCACUAGCUUCAAGUUGGGCUCAAGCGUCCCUCGACCAAUUAACUGACGACUUGGUGGACCUUGGUAAAGAGAGCCCACUGGUUAAGCUUCUCCGAUUCAAAGGUCUAGUGGCCCUUACAGGCAAUUUAUAUCGUCCUUAUCGAACUGGCCUCACUUCAUUCCAGACAAUACGCACAGAACUUGCGCAACAGUCUCUGGACGAUCAUGCGGCAGAGGUGGCACCCGGGCUCACCAUUCAGGAAGCUCUGUGUGGCGGAGGAAACAUUCCCCCGCGACAACCCCUCAUCGUUGUUUUUGGGUCGGCUCCUGUGUCCUCCAGUUCUCAAGGCCUCAAACGUCAACGCGCUGCCAGCACAGAUGAAGAGGAUGUGACACCAUUCACGAAAAAAUUCAAGGAGUUCGAGGAAUACAAAAGUCGAGUCCUGAACGGGCCAACACCCUCCCAGGCCGCGAAAUCGGGCGGGUAUAUCCGAAUUCAGGCUUCACCAGGUGACGCCCUUCUAGACGGACGUUUUAACCCUCAGGAGCCAGUCGACACCACUGCUCCUCCCAUCGAACUCUACCAUGUCGCCUUUGCCCAGUUCUCUGCUUUACUCCGGGACCCAGUUCCUGAAGAUGAGGAUGUCAUCCUCAGGAACACAGCUGCGUUAAUUCGAAGUCGUUCUGAAAUUGAGAGAUCCAAAGUACCCAGGAACGCGGACAUCUGCAUGCUUCUUGAACUGAUCCUCGGUAUCCCAUUUGUUCAGCUCAGCAAUGACGACGACUACAUACUAUCGCCACACAAAACAAAUUUUGGCGUCGCCACGGCUGCGGUUGCUUGCGUUGAAGUGAAAAAGGAAAUGGGAUCAACGGGUACGGACCCCUCUGUCCAGGCGUCGUUCUCAUUUAGCAGGUUCUACUGUCAGCAGCAGCGAGAUGACCUCACCGCCCACUCCAACUGUCCGACGUUCAUCAUCGGGAUUGCAGGUCCAUGGUUAGUCAUCAUGGGGGGUGUUCUAACGACUCGACCCAUAGUCCAACGGCUGUCCGACUACCUGUGGCUGGGGAACAGUCGCGUAAUGGACGAGGCACAGGUGAAAAGGGUUGCUCGCACUUUUUACGCCCUUCGAAAGGCCACGCAAACUCUCAAGCAGCACUGGAAAUCUUUCACAAGGCCGAGCAUUGUCAAAGGAUUCGACCACCCUCGGUUCUUCCCGUCCUUCGACCGUUUCAUCGACGAGCAUACUGGCAACGUCGUCAAGUUCGCCUACGUGAAGGCGUUGGAGGAAGCACCUUCUUGCGUCACGUUCCUAGUCAAAAAGCUCCUUGCUGUCGAAGCGCCUUCAGCUUCGGAAGACGAAGAUGAGGACGACCAUCCUACUGUCGAUAAGGAUAGCAGUAGUAUCGUUAUCAAGUUUAUCCGCCGCUACAACAAGGAAGCACAUCUCAUAAUGGGGGAGAAAGGAUACGCACCCAAAUUACUUGGUUAUCGGUCAUUGGGGGAAGAGUCUCCUGGAUACGAAGACUUGACGCUGUUGGCCAUGGAGUAUGUCGAGGGCCAGACACUCUUCGAUAGGUAUCAGAACCAAAAGCUUCCAGUGCACAUCAAGGACGGUGUUAAAGAGGCUCUCCGAGUCCUCAAUGAUGCUGGGUACAUAUUCGCCGAUCUUCGAAGGCCGAAUGUGAUGGCCACAAGCGAUGAAAAGGUUCAGUUGAUUGACUUUGAUUGGGUCUGUGAGAAGGAUGGGGGCAUGAGGUAUCCGUUCCAUCUUUCUGAAGAUGCGAGGAAGCGGUCGGGAGCGGAGGAUAACGAGGUGAUUACUUUGAAGCAUCAGCAGAAGAUGCUCAAGGAGCUGUGAGCGUAGAACGUUGAUGGCUUAUAUGAGUUAAUGUUCCUAUAAUUAUUUGCUUUCCGAUACCUUCACUGUACAUUAC